CCACGCUCAUACCAACAACAACAACAACAACCGAACAACUAAACCAAAAGAGUGCCCAAGAAUCAGAAAUCGUACGGUAUAAAUUUCAACAACCGACAACCGAGUCAAGUGUGUAGGCCGGUUUACCUACUAGACUGUGGAAAGCAGGUUGAGGAGAAGGUGCUGUUGUAGACUUAGUGCCGUGUUGAGUCUCUAGCAAGAACAAGACCAAGACCAAAUCCCAAACAUGGGUUGCAAAUCCAAAGUGCUGAAAGUGGCACUGUUCGUGGUGAUAGUGGCCGUUCUGCCGGGCCUUCCACCCUAUCCAACGUUCCCGUUCACGGCGUUCCGCGUGACACCUCCGCGAGACCUGGAGGGCGUCCUCGCGCCAAACCAGCUACUGAACAAUGCAGAACUUUGGCUCGAGAAUCAACUGGUUGCACCGGAAACCAUCCUGGUCCGAAGCAACACAACGUACGCUUCCGUUGCCGGAGGAAAAGUCCUCGAGAUCAGCAAAAACGACCAAGUCCGGGUGGUGGCCAAAUUCGGAGUGGAGUGCAAGGGAACGUACGAUGAACGAGUGUGUGGCCGCCCGCUCGGAUUGGCUUUCGACACUCAGGGUAACAAUCUGAUCGUGAUUGAACCUUACUUCGGCAUCUACCAGGUGCAGAUCAAAACCGGCGAUAAGAAACUGCUAGUUUCGUUGGAUCAAGUCAUCGAAGGUGGUAAGGUGUCCCGCAAACCAGGCAUUCCCAACGGCUUGGCGGUGGCGCGGAAUGGAGACCUCUACUGGUCAGAUACGUCAUCGGAUUUCCACUUUGAAGAUGCCCUGCAGGCAAUGUUGCUGAAUCCCUCGGGUCGCCUGCUGCACUACUCGCGAGCUACCGGUAAAAACCGAGUCCUAAUCGACGAAGUCUACGGUGCUAACGGAGUUGCCCUCAGCAAAGACGAAAGUUUUGUCCUGGUUGCAGAGCUCGGUGGUCAGCUGAUUCGCAGGUACUAUCUGAAAGGGGAGAAAGCAGGAACCGAUGACAUCUUCAUCGAUGGACUGCCAGGAUCGAUCGAUAAUCUAGUUGGGGAUGAUACGGGAUUGUGGGCUGCGGUGGUGAUUGCCGCUGAUAAGCAGAAUCCUUCGCUGCUGGCCAUGCUGGCACCGUUCCCAAACGUCAGGAAAUUCCUCGUUCGCUUGAUGAGCAUCGCGGAACUUCCGUUCGACUACCUCUACCAGCAGACGGGAAGCCACCUAGCCCUGCGAGUGUCCAAUUUCAUCGGCAAUCUGGGCAGUGUGGCUGCGGUGUUCCCGAAGCGUGGCACCGUUCUACGACUGGACUGGGAAGGCAACAUACUGGCAGCACUGCACAGCGAUGAUGGCCGCACGAAUCUGAUUGCCCAUGCCGUACAGAGUGGAGAUUUCCUUCUGCUUGGUUCGCCCAUCUAUCCUUCGAUCAGGAAGGUCAAACUCACCGAAGAAGUACUGCAGAUUGUGACUCCCGGAGGGCGAAAGCCACUGCCAAAAGUGACGGUUGAUACGAAGAAGAAGAAGAAGCAGAUGGGGCAUGAAGAGUUGUGAAGAAAUGUAUCGAUGUGUGCUUUUUAUAUUUAAGGGUAAAUAAAUUCGGGAUUGAGUGUGACAAA